AUGGAUUAUACCUUGGAAGACACGCGACGCAAGGAGAAACUUCUGAAGACGGUUUAUACCCUACAAGUCAAAUCAGACUCGACGUUUCAGAAAGCAAGUCCUCUCCUGACCAACCAUCCAGGCAUGGGCAUGGUGACUGACCACCAAGUUCACCAACUGGUGGAGAAAGCCAGGGUCAUCUGCCAUGACCUCGACAAUAUCAAAAACCACCUUUACUAUCGGCAAGACGAUCUCGUUCGGAGGAUCUCCAAUCCCAACAGGAACCACUACGGGGCAGUGGGUGGAAUUCACUGCUCUCCAGAUGGGGUGGUCUACCUCACUACCGAGAACGCACCCAGAGUGGACCUUCUUAAUCGCUCUGGACAGGUGUUUCGGUCCAUCCCCUGUGUGGAAUGGAAAAAGGAGGUCUUUCUACCCGAGGACGUGGCUAUCACCAGAGCUGGGAUGGUGGCUGUCACAGACAUGCUGAACAGAACCGUCCACGUCUUCAAUGACCGCUCCAUGUUCUCCAAGGGGGAAUGGCUCAGAAUUGGGAGGUUCUGCUCCCCCAGAGGCAUCGCCGUGGAAGCAUCAGGGAGGAUACUGGUGGCCGACUACACUGAAGGGAAAGUCCACGUCUUUGCUCUGGACCGAGCUUUCAAGAUGCAGAACGCUCAUUCCAUCGCCAACUUCAGCGGGCCACGCUACGUGUGCAGCCUCCCCGACGGGGGGUUUGCAGUGAGCGAAGAAUGCGGGGGGGUCAAACUCUACGACAGUAGCCACAAGCUGGUCUCUUCCAUCAGCAGCAAAUACGGCCACCGGUUUGGCAACCCUGCAGGCCUCUGUGCCGAUAAGGAAGGCAACAUGAUAGUCGCAGAUGAACAGCAUCAGAAAGUGCAUCUGUUUCCUAGGAACGGUUCUCCAAUCUGUCUGGUAUCGAAAGGUCUUCUGAGACCGACUGGCGUCGCCUGUGCCCCAGACGGGUCACUUUUUGUCACCGACAGUGGAGACAACGAUAUCAAAGUCUUCAAAUAUCGCGUGAGGCCCCAUUACAAUCCUGACAUUAUACCUGGUGACAAUCCAAGUUAUUCACCUCGAGGGAAGGCAGGAUAG